AUGGUUCGGAUCAGCUCGUUAGGUUGCAUCGAACCAUUCCAGGUUGGCACUGAUUCGACAAGCGAAUCUCAACUCUUAAAUCCUUUCCCAACAAGAAAUCCCCCACCUUUUACACGUGUGGAUAUACCUCUUCCACCACCACUACCACAAGCAGCAAUUGGCAAAGUUUCUUUAGUUACACCAAAUAAACAAAAAACAAAAGAAAAAAAUUUAGGGGAAAAUAUUGAAAUUGAUAAAGAAACAACAACAAAACCCUUUCAAUAUACUAAUAAUGUCCCCUUAUCUUCUUAUUCUAUUCCUCCCCAAUUAUCUUCCUCCAACCAAACAAUUUCGAAAUAUCCUUUAACAACGACAACUAAUUCUAUUAUAAACUUAAAUUAUUUAAAUUCAACCACUACUUUAUCUUCAAUUGUUUUACCAGUUUCUUCUUCUUCUCAAUUAAUUUACACAUCUACUGAUUCUCCCCAACUCCAAAUUGAAGACAAAAAAGAGGAAAGUACUCGACUUGCUCCCAUUUUUUCCUCAGCAGCUUUAAAAAUAUUUGUUGAAGAAAAUGAAGAACAAUUGGAGUUAGCUACACUUUCUGCUAAUUACCCUGAUGAAGGACCGGGUCCAAUUAAUUAUGUUCUUUUGGCUGGGGAUCAAAGUCUUUUUAGGUAA